UUUCAAUGGCCACAUUACAAAAUUUCCUCUCAUCGUCUUUAACUUGCAGUCUACCAAGAAAAAUGGCAGCUUCAACUUUCUUACUGUUUAACUCCUCCCUCAUCCGUGCUCGCAAGCCUCUCCUUCUUUCUGUUUCCUCAAAACCCUUUCCCACCCUUUCCCGCCGCUACACUUCCUCUGCUGCCCCCCUCGACACGCUUAAUUCCGACAGCGCCGCCGAUGAGCCUCUCGAUUCGGCGCCUCAAUCCCAUCCCUGGCCCGAAUGGGUCACUUUCAUUGAUAGGUUAAAGUCCAAGGGUUACUUUGUUGAAGCUAAUAAUUCUGCCGCUUCCGAUGCUGCCAAUGAUUAUAAGGACAUGAAUUUUGUCAAAGACGCUUGCAUCAGCUUUGCACGCGACCGUUUCGAUCUUUUCAAAUCGUUGUCUACUGAUGAUAUUGAAACGGUUGUUGGGAGUGGAUGUCCUAAUCUUUUAAGGAAGUCCGUUAAUUCAGCUAAAAGGUUGAGAGUCCAUGUUCAGAUAGAUGAAGGGGAUGUUUGUAGUACUUGCAAUGUGCGUGGUUCGUGUGAUAGAGCUUACGUGACACUAAAGGAAUCAGAAGCAGCUGCCCGUACUGUGGACAUUGUGCGCAUAUUAUUAUCCUAUGCCCUUGACCCCCUCGCUAUUUCCGAGGGAGAGAAACCUCCUGGUAGAGAGCGUAUUGAUGCAUCUGCAAGGAAUCUACUUUCAGACUUGACAAAAUUAAGUGACACGUCAUGCAAUGCUGAGCUUCCUAAAUCUUCUGCUAAAGCUCCUACCCGAAAGAAAAAUACACUUAGUGGCAAUGAUGAUGAAGAGUUCACAAAUGUUGAAAUGAAGAGAGGAGAUUGGAUGUGUCCCAAAUGUAAUUUUUUAAACUUCUCUAGAAAUCUGCAUUGCCUAAAAUGUAAAGAAGAUGGCCCUAAAAAUGUUCGUGGUGAUGAAAUUGAGAUGAAGAAAGGAGAUUGGAUUUGUUCGGAGUGCAAUUUCAUGAACUUCUCUAGAAAUAAACGGUGCUUAAGGUGUAAAGCAGAUGGUCCUAAUAAGGUUGAAACGGAUGUUGUUCAAAUGAAGAAAGGGGAUUGGAACUGCCCAGAGUGUGGGUUUAUGAAUUUUUCUAGUAAUAGGAAAUGUUUACGCUGCCAAGAAGCAAGGCCUAAGAGACAGUUAAAUCCUGGAGAAUGGGAAUGCCCAACAUGUGAUUUCGUUAAUUUCAGAAGGAACCAGGUUUGUCUUAAGUGCAAACAUGAACGUCCCGGAGAACCAGCAAACGAGCAUGAUGAGCACACAUGGAGACCUCAACGGUCCAAUUAAUUAAUAAACUUAGGAGAGAAGAUAUGAAGCUUUAGCGUGAUAUAAUUUUAAAGAGAACAAUGGUAAGUGAUUUGUUGUUCCCUUUGGCCAAUUUUUAGAUCCUAAUUGAGAGUAGAUGUUUCGAAUUUUAAGGGCAUGAUGUUUUUGUGGUUACAAUAUGUAUCGUGCAAAUUUUUACUUGCGUUUAUGCAAGAUGAUGGAAAGUUUGUAUUGUCGGGUAAAGCAACAAAUUAAGUGGUUACCUCAGGGGUAAUGUCUGGGUUGUGGUUUGACGGUGGUAUAGUCAUUUCAGGCAACUUUUUAAGCAAGGUAUAAAUGUCAAAUUUAAUUUA